AUGUAUAAUAAUAAUAAUAAUAAUUAUAAUGUUUUAAAUGAAAGAAUAGUUGAGAAUUGUAAAGAAUUGGAAUUGAUUGCAAGUUAUUUGAUUGAUAGUUUCGGACCUUAUUCAGGUGUAAAGAUUAUCAGUAGAAUUAGCGAUGAUAAACAAGAAGAUGGUUCAACAAACUAUGAUAAUCCAUCUUUAAUUUCAACAUUAAAUAGUGUUGUUACAAAAGAUUCAAUGACAAUAGUUAGAUCAUUAAAUAUUGAUUCACCUAUCUAUCAUAUUCUACUUGAUCCUCUUUUAAAACAUAAACAAAAGGUACCUUUUCUUUUCUUACAUGGUAAUGGUGUAGGUCAAAUCAUAUUGUUAUUGAAUCAGAUAUUAAAGCGAUGUUCAUCUAUGCUUACAACACUUAAUCUUGAUCCACAAUUAAUUGUCAAUGUAUUAAAUGUGAGAAUAGAUAAUUUAGAUAUAAAUAAUUAUAGUAUACAAUCGAUUAUUGGUACAAAGAAUAAUUGUAGUAAUAAUAAUGAUGAUGAUGGUAAUACAUUUGUUUAUAGAGUAAUAGAUGGUAUUUUAUUUAAACAAACAUUCUCAUAUGCUGGAUCGAGUAGUCUACCAAGGUUCAUUAGUAAACCAAAGAUUCUAUUGUUGGACAUCAAUGUAGAGUUGAAACAUCAAAAGGAAUAUGCAACUUUAGAGAUCAACAGCAUGAAUCAAUAUCAACAAUUCAUAGAUUUAGAGAGGAAUCUAUUUUUAAAUCAACUCGAUAAUAUCUAUAAGAAUAAUAUUAAUGUUGUAUUAUCAACAAAAAGUAUAGGUGAUUUUGCAACACAGGAAUUUGUUAAACAUGGUAUACAGUGUAGUGGUAGAGUUGAUGGUCAAACUAUGAAUAGGAUAAAGUGUGCAUUGGGUGGUGAGAUACAAUCAACACUACUGGAUCUAGCAGAGGACAUACAAUUCUAUGGUAGAUGUGAUACAUUCAAACAAAUAUUGAUAGAUAAUGAAAAAUACCAAUUAUUUACAAUGAAUAGUGAUAAUAGUAGUGAGAAUAAUAACAACAGCAACAAAAGCAACAAUAGUAGUAAUAAUAAUAAUAAUAAAUCAAAAUUUGGAACUAUAUUAUUAAGUGGAUCUACAAGUAUAUUUCUGGAGGAAGCAGAGAUUGGAUUGAGAGAUACGAUCAAAGUGAUUGACAGGAUUGCGAAAUCUGGUGGCAAUGUUGUCGUUGGUGGCGGUGCAAUGGAGAUGUCUUUGGCAUGUCACUUGGAGUCGCUGAAAUCGGAGCUCGACCUAUCACCAAAGGAAUCAUUGGUAGUCGACACCAUCAUCGAUAGUUUACAUUCACUAAUUGUUACACUUUCAAGAAACUGUGGUUUCAACGGUUCACAACUGCUAAGUGAAUUACAAUCGAAAUAUAAUAAUAAUGAUAGUAGUCGUAGUAAAGAAUGUGUAUUGAUUUUCACAUGUGAUCAGAGUUGCCUUUUAUAA